GGAGGAAUUUGCGUGAUUCUGGUAAACAGCUGACUUUGCAAGCUCUGCCCUCCUCUUCUCUUCUCUUUCGCCUUCCCUCCUUUUGGUUUCUACACUGUGUUGAACUGCCUGAACUAACAAUCCUCACAGCACUUUAAUAAUCCACUGAUCAAUCAUGCCUUUGGAGUCUGGAUCGAAGUGGAGGCUGGUGCUGAGCGCUCUCUUCAUUUGCGCCGUAAUCUUCGAGUUAGAUGCACAAGAACAGAGGGCCACUCAAGGGAGGACACUAAAGCCAAGCAAACCAAAACUGGGGAAGUCAACAAAGAAAGGGCCCAGAGCUGUGACAGCCAAACCCAAGAGCAAAGCGACACCUGCAGCCGAGGCACAGACCCUCCUCACGCAGGUGCUCAACAGAGGUAAGUUUAAGAAGGUGGGAGAGACCAUCAGUGUGCAGACAGGAGACACUCUGGAGCUGAGGUGUAGAGGUAAACCUGUGCAGUGGAGCGUCCCUCCCUACCUGGAGGAGGAUGACGAUGGAAGGCUCAGGAUUGUCCAACACGAGCGAUACGGCACUCUGACAUUAGUCAACACCACUGGUGCAGACACGGGGGAGUACACCUGUUACCCAAUGUACUGUGAAGACACAGACUGCAGGAAGGAGUAUAAUAAAGCUGUCAAAGUCUUUGUCUUCUUUCCCGACCCACAGGAACUCUUUGUCCCGUCUUCCGACUACUACGAGGUGAUCCAGCUGAGAACCAACUGGCCGACGGUCCUUCCCUGCCAGGUGACGUCGCCGGAGGCUAAAGUGACUCUGCACCGUGAGUACCCACCAGUGGAGGUGGCAGUGGACGGGACGGAGAUCUCCUUUAACGUCAAGAAGGGCUUCACCAUCCAUCGACCCCGGCCUUAUCACGCUGGAGCCUUGUACUGCGUGGCCAGUCUGGGCACCCUGAGGCAGAGCUCCACCAAGUACAUGCUCAUCUAUGUUAACUAUCCGAUGGCUCCUCCUGCUCCAGUGAUCCAGGCUUCAUCGAGCUCGGUGGCUGUCGGUGAAAACCUGCGGGUCAGCUGCACUGUGAUGGGAGAGCAGGACGUGGUGGUAGAGUUCACCUGGGAAUACCCUGGACAGGAGAUCGGGAGGCCUCUGUACACGCAGGACGGCAUCAGUCCGGUGGGUGGAGGAGCAGCUCGGCAGCAGUCUCAGUCUGUCCUCCUGGUGGACGAGGUGAGAGACGUGGACCAGGGAACCUACACCUGCACCGCCCAGAACCUGCAAGGAGCCAAAUCAGUGUCCACCAACAUUAAAGUGGUGCCCAAAGCCAAACCCAGGAAACCAUGAGCGGGUUUGAUGACACUGGCAUGACAAAGGAUUGUGAUAAGAACCAGCAUUUUAUCUGUCACAUGUUAUUACAUAAUCAUAAUAAAACAUCAUCUUCUCAUUUUGCAGCAAUGAGUGAUGAAAGCACACAGCUACAGUACAAAGAUAAGAGAGGUUUGGUUGCUUAGAUAAAUGUAUGUAAAUUGUUUAAG